GAGGAAGGCGCCUUUUUUGAACAAAAAUUUGUUAAAAUUUUUAUUUGCUAGUUUUCUUACAUAAAAUAAAAGGAAAAACUAACAAAAUGCAAGGUGAAAGCGAUGGAGAUGAUGCAAGUAGUUACAAAUCGUCUUCAUCAAAGAAAAGAAAAAUUUUCGACAGCCCAGGCGAUAAGUAUAAACCAUUUCAAAAGCCUUCUUACACAAGAAAAUAUCCCGAUACUACCUCCAAUGGAGAAUUCAUAGUCUUCGUAGAGCAUUGCAAUAAAGACACCAAAAUAGGGAAUAUGAACCCCCUAAAUUUAUCAAAAAUUUUCAAAAAUGCUAAAGGGGUCCAUGAAAGAUCUAGAAUAAGCGCCCGCAAAAUAAAAAUAAUAUUCAAACAAGCGGCACUAGCAAAUGAUUUCCUCAAUGCCCAAUUUAUACAAGAGAAUAACUUAAGAGCAUAUAUCCCAGCUGCCUCUGUGGAAAGGGUUGGGGUAGUCAGGUACAUUCCUAAAGAAAUUAGCAAUAGGGAGUUAUUUGAAAAAAUAAGUAGUGAUCUUGAUAUUAUUGGUGUACGUAGGUUUAUGAAAAAAGAAAAUAAUACAUUUGUGCCGUUAAAUACUAUUACUGUUACUUUUUCUGGCACUGUAUUACCACAAUGCAUUUUCUUAGAUGGAUGGAGAUAUAAGGUUCAUAAUUAUAUACCUCCAGUUUUACAAUGUUUUAAAUGCUUACUUUUCAAUCACUCUGCAAAAUAUUGUUUUAAUGAACAAGCAUGUUCUAAAUGUGCAGAGAAUCAUUCUUAUAAAGAAUGCACAUCAGAAGUUUUAAAAUGUAAAAACUGUGGAGGUAAUCACCUAGCUAUUUCUAAGGAGUGCCCAAUUAAGGCUUCUAAAAUUAAGAAAAACAUAUCUUUGAGAGUUAAUAAUUCUACUUAUGCAGACAUAACAAAUAAUUUAACAUCUUUCCCACCUCUUACAAAAGCUAAUCCUCAAAAUGUUAAAAUUGUUCCAGAAAAGAUAUCAGCCCAGGACAUUAUUAAUAAUCAAAAAAUUUUAGAAGCCAUAAUAAGCACUAUUGUAAGUAUAGGAAAUUCUAAUGAGAUUAAGACUACAACACAUAUUAAAGAAACAUUCAUUAAAAACUUUAAUAAGUAAUGGAUAGUAUUAAUAUUGUACAGCAUAACAUCCAGAGUUUAAAUAAUAAAAAACCUUUACUUCAAUCACUCUUAAUAGAUAAAGAAAUAGAUAUAGCUUUAUUAAAUGAAACAUGGCUUAAAACUUCAAGUCCUCGGGUUCAUUUCCCUGGGUAUAAUUUCAUUUAUAAAAAUGC